AUGGCCGAGUAUGAAGAAAAAGAGAAUCCUUUUGCGGAUAUAGAUGAGUACAUCGAUGAUACAAAUGACAUUAACAACGUGUCAGAUGAUGCCUUAAGACUGAGGGUAUUCAAGUACUCAUUAGCUGGAGAAGCAAGGAAAUGGAUUCAAAAUCUACCACCUCAUUCCAUUCACUCUUGGCCUAAGCUCGUCCGAGCUUUCCUAGCUAAAUGGUUCCCACAAAGCAAGAAGUCCAAGCUUAGAGAUAAAAUUUUAUUCUUCAAGAAACUACCGGGGGAACACCUACAUGGGGCAUGGGAUAGAUUCAAGCUAUAUCUAGUGAGGUCGCCGAAUCAUGGUUUUCCGGACACAAUCUUGUUGGAGAAGUUUUACAUGGGUUUGGAUCCAUUGAAUCAAUCCAUAGCCAAAAAUGUGGCAGAUGGAUCUUUUAUGGACAAAACAUUCACAAGGGUCACACAAAUUCUUGACAAGAUGGCAGAACAUAAUCAAGCUUGGCACUCGGAAGAUACCACAGGUGAAAUUACAUACGGUACUCCCUCUUUGACCAACAUGAUUAAGGAGAACCAAGAGAGAGAUCAAGUAAAUGUUGUGGAAGAUGUGCAACCCUUGUCAAAUGAAGAUUGCGAGGAAGCAAACUAUGUCCAUAAUUCUCAAGGUGAUUACCAAAGACAAUCCUACCAAGGUUAUGGACAACAAAAGGAAUGGAGGCCUAACUCGCAAGGGCAAGAACAUCAACAGUGGCAAAAUGAUCAAGGUGGUUCAAGUCAAGGAAAUUGGAGCAACAACAACAACAACUAUGCAAACCGGAGUUCAAACCCCUAUGUUCCACCAAAGGGGCAAUACUCCAACUCUUCGCAUUGGAAGGAAGGUUCUUCAAGUGAGUCCAAAUUGGAGAACAUGCUUGAAAGAGUAUUGCAAAAUCAAGAAAGAAACGACACUUCAAUGAAGAGCAUGGCCGAACUUGUGGGGUCACACACCGUAUCCAUACAAAAGCUAGAAAUGCAAAUGAGAGAUCUGUCAAGAGAGAAAAAUCCAAAGCAAAAGUGUGCACUCCCAAGUGAUACAAAUGCAAACCCAAAAAGUAAAUGGAGUGGCCCGACUUCUCAUUGUAUGACAAUCACAACUCGAAGCGGGAAAGUACUUCAAAGAGAGAAUGAACAAAUGGUUGAAGUGGACGACCUUGAACAAGAAGUUGAGGCACAAGUUGAGCUGCCAAUUGUUGAUGAAGUUGAAAAGCUCCCAAAAGAAGUGAAAGUCCAAGAAGCGAACCGUGAAGAGGUAAAGGAAAAGGCAUUUCAAGAGAUGCCAGGUUUUGCUAAAUACUUGAAGUACUUGAUAACCAAGAAGAAAACCACCAAGAAUGAAGUGGUAUAUGUGACUCACCGGGUUAGUUCCAUCAUUGCAACUACUACCGUUCAAAAGAAAGAAGACCUGGGAGCCUUCACCAUUCCAUGCACUAUUGGGUUGCGAGAUUUUGCAAAGGCUCUUUGUGAUAAUGGGGCUAGAAUUAAUUUGAUGACUCUUGCUAUUUACAAGCAAGCGGGGUUAGGUAUGCCGAGGCCUACAAGCAUGAGGUUGCAAAUGGCCGAUCGUUCAAUCAAAAGACCGGUGGGGAUUGUUGAUGAUGUCCUUGUGAAAGUGGGAAAGUUCCUCCUUCCUACCGAUUUUUUGAUCCUUGACUGUGCUAUUGAUAAAGAAAUCCCUAUCAUCUUGGGGAGACCAUUCCUUGCUACUGUAAGAGCACUUAUGGAUUCGGAAUGA